AUGAAUUUGUUGAUCGCAGCAAAUACAGAACGCGACCCAAAUUAUUUGAAUAGACCUUUGACUGAUGAUCCAAUACAAAUGAGUUUAUUCGAGUCUAUUGCUGGGUCAAUUGACGUAAUGUUAACACGUAUUGACACAGCGGUGCCAUUUAUGUUCUGUACAAAUCAACGCGAAGAUGAAAUAACCGGAUAUCAAAUGGAAACUGACACACAAUUCGACCAAACGCCUCAUAGAAACGAAAAUUACUUUACGGACCCCGAAAAAUUUAUAUCAGAAAGAUUUAUCAAUGAUGGCAGUGAUAAAAAAGUAGCUUCUAAAACCAUUUAUCUAUGGGUUUGGUGGAUUACACAUUUGUCCCGCGAGAAUUAUCGGACUCGCUUUUGUAAAGAUGCUACUGAUGUAAUUACGAAAUUAAAUUGGUUAAUGCGGAUAAACCGAUACAAAAAUGCAUGUUAUGUUCCUAUGCAAUUUAUGGCUUUUGACUAUUCUAUCUAG